AUGAUCCAGCGUCAACAAAUAGCGUGACGAAAUAUUGCCCAAGGAGGUGAUUUGAUAUUCAAUUGUUAGCAACUUUAAAACCGCGCCACACGCUUACGUCGCGAUCAAAGUUGUGCGGAGCAAUGGCAGGACACGGGAAUGACGAACCAAAUCAAUAUGAUUAUGUCGACGUCGUGAACAUAGGAGCAUAUGAUGACUAUUCAGAAGUAACAAUUUUUUAUCGACCGCACAAAGGUUUGAAUUUCCACUGUCCCUAGAUUGAACGAUUUAAAAUAAUGAUUGUUUAACGCGCGCUCUUAUACCGCGUUUUUCUGGUUAAAUCGUUAGGACUAAAGUUGCUCAACGCCUACUUGGUAAGCAAAAAAGAAAGAACGGCACAUGGAAGACACUAUACAAGGGUGGAGAUCAUUUCUAAGAACGCAAAUAGAUUCGUGGUUCGCAGAUACCGCGACAAUGGAGGUUCGUACAUUGACUAGAUUAGAACCCAUCGUUUUAUUUAUUUGAACUGUGUGUCGGCAGCUACGUCAAUUUUGUUAAGAUCUGCCAAUUAUUCGCACUGAAACAUUUCUUCCAAAUGACAAAAUCACAACCUAAUGACAAAUAUUAUCUCUCUAGCGAUAUAAUUCAGUGACAGUGGCAAACAACAGAUAUAAACUAUAAAAAGCUCACAAGAUGAAGGGCAUUCAAAAUCCCUCUUCAGUUUUUUCCACUCGUGGCGUUUUUGUAUUUUUGUUUCUGCACUGUUUUAUGCGCUAAUUUUCAUGGAUUUUCCUCGCUGUGAAUUUGGCUAAAAUGCGUGACCUAACUCCUUAAACAAAACUCAGUUUAUAACAUAUUAUUCCUUAGAUUUCUAUUUAGAGGAUGGCAACGGAUUUUGGAUUGAACCAGAACGCGUCUAUCUUGACUAGUUUCAGCUGGAUAUUUUAAAAAACGUGCCUACAAGUAUUCACCGUUACAAGAAACUCAAAGAAGAUAACAAGAUGACAUAACUUGGAAAAAGUUCGCCUUAAAAGGUCCAAUCACACUGAAUCCCUUAUGUUUAGACAGAUCACACACUCUCUGAAAAUGAAAUUACAGUGCAUUCUACGCUCUUUUCACCAAGUGCGCGUAAACAUGUGUUACAAUAAGCCGGUAAACCUAUAAUUUGUUAUGUAAUACGAGCUCUCUUGUUUCUUGUUUACCUGACGGAAACAUGCCUAUGUGGAAGGC